CGCCCCCGGUGCCUCACCCUCCUGACCCGCCCCAAGCUCUGGGAGAUCACCUCCGCCCGUCACCUCCUCCUCCCCUCAUCCAGGUCCACCCGGGGCUCCCUCCCCUGGGCCGCCCCCGAACACGAAGUUGGCGGGAGCCUAUAAAAGCCGGUGACGGAGCGACCCGCGGACACACGGUGCAGGCGCCCGAGCAGCCGCCGCUAGAACGGCGCCAACUCCUGCCCUGCCUCGACUUGCGGCACGACCAUGGCCCAUCACUGGGGAUACGGCAAGCACAACGGACCGGAGCACUGGUAUAAGGACUUCCCCAUUGCCAAGGGACAGCGCCAGUCCCCUGUUGACAUCGACACCAAAGCAGCCAUUCAUGACCCUGCCCUGAAGGCUUUGUGUCCUACCUAUGAACAAGCGGUUUCUCAGAGGGUCAUCAACAACGGUCACUCUUUCAACGUGGAAUUUGAUGACUCCCAGGACAAUGCAGCACCUAUGACUCCAGACCGAACCCAGCAGAGAAGUAUCACUGUGCUCAGAAAACAGAUGGGAAAAGCACCCAUCCUUCAAGCCACCACAAUGCUGAAAGGAGGACCCCUCACUGGCACUUACAGAUUGAUUCAGUUUCACUUUCACUGGGGUUCAUCUGAUGGGCAAGGUUCUGAGCAUACUGUGGAUAAAAAGAAAUAUGCUGCAGAGCUUCACUUGGUUCAUUGGAACACCAAAUAUGGGGAUUUUGGAAAAGCCGUGCAGCAACCUGAUGGACUGGCUGUUUUGGGUAUUUUUUUGAAGAUUGGUGAUGCCAGACCAGGCCUACAAAAAGUCCUCGAUGCACUGGAUUCCAUAAAAACAAAGGGUAAGAGUGCUGACUUCACUAACUUUGAUCCUCGUGGCCUCCUUCCUGAAAGUUUGGACUACUGGACCUACCCAGGCUCACUGACCACUCCUCCCCUUCUGGAAUGCGUGACCUGGAUUGUGCUCAAGGAGCCUAUCAGCGUUAGCAGUGAGCAGAUGCUGAAAUUCCGUAGGCUUAAUUUCAAUAAGGAGGGCGAGCCUGAGGAACUGAUGGUGGACAAUUGGCGCCCAGCUCAGCCGCUGCACAACAGACAGAUUAACGCAUCCUUCAAAUAAGAUGCCCCCGAGCCCACGUCCAAAUAGUGGAUCUUUGGGCUUCCCUUAGCUAAGCACAAAUCUACCUUGGUGAAUCGGACCUUCGCUGCUUUGCAUCUGGUUUUCUAGAUCCUUUAUCUCUCACCUGUUGUGCUUAUUAGCAAAACGUGAAGAACUUGACCAGUUGUCAUGCUUGACCGAAUUGCUGUGACUGGUGCUUUGCUUCUGGUAAUAGCCUUUCUGUACUAGAGAAUAUAAUAUAAAGAAUAGGAGAAAAAAGCAUCUUGACUUUGUUCGUAGCACAUGGGGAGAUGAGCACUGACAAUUGUUCACAAAAAUGCUGAUUUUAAAACAUAGGAAAGUAGAAUGAUUGAGUGCAAAUCCAUACCAUGAGAUAAAUUGAGCUGUGUAACGUAAAUCAGGUGAAAUAGUCAUGAUUCUAUGUAAUAAAUAAGAUUAAAUAAAUGUUCAUGAUUCUGAGAUGUUAUAUUAAAGAAAAAAAUUUUUAAUUCUUAUAUAUUUGUAGCAAUGUUAUCUUGAAAAUGAAUUAUGUUGUAAUUUAGUGACUUUUGAAUUACAGAGAUGUAAAUGAAGUAUUAUCUGUAAAAAUUGUUAUAAUUAUAGUUGUGAUACAGAGUAUAUUUCCAUUCAAAUAAUAUAUCAUAACUUAAUAAAUAUUGUAUUUUAGAUAUAUUCUCUAAUAAAAUUUG